UGCACAACACUCCUGCAGCAGACGCCGACCGGUACGGUCUGAAAGCGUUAGUACCUCACAUUGUCACACGCGAGUGUUUGUCGUCAGUCACGGUACGUGUCGGUGUACCCCCUUCGCUGCUGCGGAUCGCCUUCCGAUCGUUCGUAGGUCGAUCUCUCGAUAUCGUGUGCCAGUGAGCCAACGGUCGGUGUUCAGGUGAUCGAGUCGAAUCGGGUGUCUGUAGCGUGCUAGUACUCGCGCAUUUUCAUCAAAACAACACAAACCUAGGCGAGUCAACAAUAGAGAUAGUGCGGUUGUACCGAUACUGCAAAGCUUAGCGGUUCCUACUUAUCUGAGUCCAUUAAAAACCGUUCCACAACGGACAUUCACCCAAUUUGUGUCAACGGCGGAAAUUAAAGCCCUGCCAGCCUAAGGGACGUAAUCAUGCGCAUGGAAAGCUCGAUACGACGGUUCUGGGGUGCGUUGACGCGUAAGAAACAGAACGAAGACGAUGGAUCGGAGUCACAGCUGGCACGCGUCCUAACACUGCUCGAUCUCACCGGUCUUGGCGUCGGCAGUACGCUCGGACUGGGUGUGUACGUGCUGGCGGGAUCGGUUGCCCGUGAGCAGGCCGGCCCAGCGGUCGUCGUUUCAUUCCUGGUUGCCGCGGUCGCCUCGGCCAUUGCUGCCCUAUGCUAUGCCGAGUUUGCUGCCCGCGUUCCUAAAGCCGGCUCGGCGUAUGUCUAUAGCUACGUCAGUAUUGGCGAGUUCACUGCAUUCACGAUCGGCUGGAACUUGAUUUUGGAGUAUGUUAUCGGAACGUCGAGUGUGGCCCGUGGUAUGAGCGGUUACAUAGACUCGCUAGUUGACAAUAAGAUCAGCAACGCGAUGCGCGAUGCCAUGCCGAUCGACGUCGACUUUCUGUCGGAGUAUCCGGACUUUUUCUCCUUCAUCGUGGUGCUGAUAUUGGCUGGACUGUUGGCGUACGGUGUGAAGGAGUCGACGCUCAUGAACAACAUCUUUACCGGCGUAAACCUGAUCGUGAUCGGCGUCGUGCUGGUGGCGGGCGGUAUGAACUGUGACCCGGACAACUGGUCCAUCAAGCCGGAAGACAUUCCGGCCGGUGCCAACGGUGGAGUCGGUGGCUUCGCCCCGUUCGGUUUCGCCGGCAUUAUGGCCGGUGCGGCCAAGUGUUUCUACGGAUUCGUCGGAUUCGAUUGUAUUGCGACGACGGGCGAGGAAGCGCAGAAUCCGGAACGUAACAUUCCGCUCGCGAUCGUCAUCUCACUGAUCAUCAUUUUCCUCGCGUACUUUGGUAUCUCGACGGUGCUGACAAUGGCCUUGCCGUACUAUCUUCAGGAUCCGGAAGCACCGUUCCCGCAUCUGUUCGAAACGCUCGGCUGGACAGCGAUCAAGUGGAUCGUAUCGAUCGGCGCGAUCUUCGCCCUCUGCACUAGUCUGCUCGGUGCCAUGUUCCCGCUGCCUCGCGUACUCUAUGCUAUGUCAUCUGACGGUAUCAUCUACAAGAAACUGCAAACGGUUAAUCCGAAGACGCAGACACCGGUGCUCGCUACGAUGCUAUCGGGCCUGUUGGCGGCCAUUAUGGCGGCUCUAUUCAAUCUGCAACAAUUGAUCGACAUGAUGUCAAUCGGAACACUGCUAGCGUAUACGAUCGUGGCCGUCAGUGUGCUGGUGUUGCGUUACCAAUCGGAAGAGCUGAUGACCACCACGGGCUUCAGUGUGACCGUACCGGAGGUGCUCCGCCAGAUCGUCAAUGGAUCGCGCAUUAAGGAACCGACGCAUCUUUCCUCCGCCAUCGUUAAGAUCAGUGUUUGCGUCUUCGCGGUGUUCGUCUGCGGCGCCUGCGGUAUUCUGGUCCCAGCUGAGGACUACAUUAAUGGCGACUAUCCGGGUGUGAUCGCUGGAUUGGCCAUCCUGGUGGCCUUUAUGGUUGCGUUGUUCGUCGUCAUAUCGCUCCAGCCAACCGAUAAUGUGAAGCUAACGUUCAAAGUGCCGCUAGUGCCACUGCUGCCACUAAUCAGCGUGUUCUUCAAUCUGUACCUGAUGUUCCAGCUCGAUUCCGGCACCUGGAUUCGGUUCAGCGUCUGGAUUGCUAUCGGUUACUUCAUCUACUUUACGUACGGAAUCCGCCAUUCGAUCGAGGGUGAGCGUUUGCUGACCAAGUCGGAGCUAGCGAAUGGCAAAAGCGCCCCCAACGGUAUCGACAAUACGGGAUACGAUGGGGAGGAAAAACCGGCAUCCACUAUUCAACGGGCUUCGUAUACGAUAGCAAAUGAAUCAUAGAGUGGACCGGAUUCUUUCCCAUUUUCCUGUGUUUUUAUGGCAAAAGGGCGGAGCGCCCGCAGUAUUAGUGUAAGCAUUCCAAGCAUUCCAAGCAUUCUCCAUUCGACGAUCAGCUCCUUCCGUGUUCGUGUUUAAGAUUAGUUAAGUACAAAGCGACAAGCAUGGACCACGCAUGGACCAAUCCAUCAGACAACUGAUCUACGAAGCGUGCGUGAGAUUGGACCACACUUACAGUGAUUGUGAUAAUUAUUGCAUAAUAGUUUUGUAAGAAUUUACUAGAGAUACAUCGAAAAGAAACAGCCGUCCGACGCAGUAGGUCGCCACUGUGAUGUCAACCUUACAAUCCGAUUCGUGUGGUGCGCAUGCCUUAACGACACCGACAAUCGGUUGUCAUAUCUUCGAUCCUAAUUCAUUCCUUUAGACCGCCUAUUCACCGGUCGCAUUCCAACCGUCUGCGAAAAACGCUCGUGCAGCUGCCACGCUAAUGGCGGUACUAAUGACCGCUAGCAGCACUCAUAAGUGAUUGCUGUUACACACGAUGUUAAUGUUCUUUUUGUUUUUAAUUGCCAUUCUUGUUUUUAAAUUCUUUCCCGGGCGAUACUAAAUGUUGUGACGAACAGACGGACAAUAAAUCAAUCAAACCCAUGA